UCACGCCCCCAACCCUAUAUAAAGUUCCAUGCUAGGGUUAGGGUUAGUCACCAAGCACUGACUUGGCUUUAAGGCUUUCUGGGCUGUGGAUGAUUCCAGUGAUCAUCAUUGGAUUUAAUCCAAUGAUGAAGAAGAGGCAGGUCGUUGUGAAGAGAGAUGUGGCCAAGACGUCGUCGUCGGUGAUGAGGAACGUCAGAUAUUUGGAGUGCCAGAAGAAUCACGCGGCCAACAUCGGAGGUUACGCCGUCGAUGGUUGCAGAGAGUUCAUGGCCAGUGGUGAUGACGUCACAGCCGGGGCUCUUACCUGUGCUGCUUGCGGCUGUCACAGGAAUUUCCACAGAAGAGAAGUUCAGACCGAGGUUGUCUGUGAGUACUCUCCUCCUAAUUCCGCUCGCUAAAGCUUCAAGCCUGCUUUAACCCCCCCCGAAAACAGUACAUCACAAAAUUAUACACCAUAUUGUUGCCAAGGUUUUGGUUGGGUUUGUGUAUUGAAUUAACUGAUUGAUGAACCUUUUUUCUUUGGGUUCUAUUGUAAGAGUGGAUUGAUUUGCCAAACAGAUCAGAGACAUUGAUUCUUGUUCAACAGAAGAUUUAGACUCUCAGGAUUUGUGUUUCUUCGAAUAUUAUUAAUUGAGUGCUGUCUCUCUUGUUCUUUCUA